AUGCCCGACAAACGCAAACCGUCCGGCUCAGUCACCGGCUACUCUCCCUACGCGAAACGUUCCCGCCCGUCCUACGCCGAAGAAGAUGACGACGAAGAAGCACAGCCGACCGUGACUCCAUACGAACGCCCGCGCAACCACCCGGUAUACGGCCAAAAGAGCGCUUUUCCGGGUCUAGACGUCGCGGGUGAUGAUGAGUUGUUCUACGGGCCUGCUGAAGAUGGCUUGGAAUAUUUACGCAUGGUUCGAUCGGAAGCAAAUUCACUCCCUUUUUUGUUUACGGCACCGCAAUCGACGGAAACUACUGCUGCGACGGAGCAGGAGCAGCAGCAGCAGGAGCAGGAUGGUGAGGAACCGCAACAACAGCAGGAGGAGGUGAAGGAUACGUCAGAGCCUGUUCCUGAGGGGGUGGUUGUUGAUGGUGUCUACUUUGUUCCUCCUACGUCUAAGACCAACACUACUGUCGCCCCUGCUGCGGAUGUCGCCGACGAGGGCAUCUCCGACGCCCAGUCAAGCUACUACAACCUCCUUCACCACCGCUUCCUGCUCCUUCGAUCGAUACUGAAAUGCACACCUCCCUCCGAAGCUAUCGCCGGGCUCGAUGAAUCCCACCCGAUCAGUCUGCCGCGACACUCGCGAAACGCGCGCAAGGAAUGGCGCCGGUUACUCCUAGCGGUGGAUCCACAGACUGUACAGCUGGCGUGUAUGGAUAUGGAGAGUGUGCUGGGUGUACUGGAGAUCAUGGCGCGGUUAAUGUCGGAGAAUGUACGGAGUGGGGAUGCGCAACGGGUUCGACGCAUCGGGGCUUGGGCGUGGGGGUUGCUGGGGAAGUGUCGGGAUGUUGGACAGCUAGGGACGGAGGAGGUUGGGGAGAUUCGGGAUCUGGGAAAGAGGGCUGUGAAGAUUCUGAGGAAGAUGAGGGAGGAGGAUGAGAAAAAGAUGCAGGAGGGAGACGGGUCGGAUGAGGACGACGCUGAAGACGAAACGGGGGACAACGCUGCAGAGGGAGAGGACGGAGCACAACAAGUGGAUCGACCGAGUGACGACCAGGAUCACGAUAUGCAGGAUGUGGAGGAAGAGAAGCCUGCUACUGAGGAGGAGCUGGAGGCAGCCAAAGCACGGCUUCAGGCGAAGCUCGCAGGUGAAGAGGAGCAACCCACAGUCACUGAGCCCGAGGUUAACAACGAGGAACCUACGAAUGAAGCGGCGACACAGACUCGCGCCAUGCUGGACAUGAUCAUCACGGUCAUCGGAGAGUAUUACGGGCAACGGGACCUGCUGGGAGCACGCGAGCUAUGGAAUGGGCCCGAGGCUACCGCAUGA